CCUGGACACGAUAACUUUACGUUCCUGUACUGGCUACGCUGCCCUCAUCCACCGCCCUUUUUCGCCCUCUCGUCCUGUCCUUCGUCUUCCCUCAUUCCACUCUCCUAUCCCUCGCCGCUGCAGCUGGAGUCGCUUGUCACGACUUGGCUGCGCUCCGCCUCCUCUGGUAUUCAUGUUCAACACCGCCGCCCUGUGCCUGUAGCGGAUCCCGUUUCCUCGAUACCGUGAGAGCCCGUGGGUCGCUUUCCCCCAGGGCUUAGGUUCAACCAAACUUGCAAGAGUCUGGUCGGCGACGACAUCACAAGCAUCCUCCCUCCCGCUCUCGAUCCUUCCCGCCGUCAGGAGAAGCACCCAUCCGCCCUCCCUUUUUCUACCUCUGCUCGAACCCCCCUUCGGACGCUUCUGCAGUCGCUCUCGCCCAAGCGAGCAUGGCUCACAACAUGUACGAGGUCGGCACUCGUGCGUGGCAGCCCGACCCCACGGAGGGAUGGAUCGCCUCCGAGGUCGAGGAGAAGACCGUCAACGGUGACAAGGUCAAGCUCGUCUUCAGACUGGCCAACGGCGAGGCGAAGACGAUCGAGACCACCCUGGACGUCCUCGACGACGACCAGGCCGGCACCCUGCCUCCGCUGAUGAAUCCUGCCAUACUGGAGGCCUCAGACGACCUGACCAACCUCUCGCAUCUGAACGAGCCUGCCGUCCUCCAAGCGAUCAAGCUCCGCUACGCGCAAAAGGAGAUUUACACGUAUUCCGGCAUCGUGCUUAUCGCUACGAAUCCGUUCGCCAAGGUCGACUCGCUAUACGUCAACGACAUGGUGCAAAUAUACACGGGAAAGCAGAGAAGCUCGCAGGCGCCGCAUUUGUUCGCCAUCGCGGAGGAGGCCUUCACACACAUGCUUCGAGACAACAGAAAUCAGACCAUCGUCGUCUCCGGCGAAUCCGGUGCCGGCAAGACGGUCAGCGCAAAAUACGUCAUGCGAUACUUUGCAACCCGCGAAUCACCCGACUCGCCGAAGCGCUCCAAGGGCAAGGGCGAAGCGAUGAGCGAGACGGAGGAGCAGAUUCUCGCCACCAAUCCCAUCAUGGAGGCUUUUGGCAACGCAAAGACGACUCGAAACGACAACUCGUCCCGAUUCGGAAAGUACAUUGAGAUUCUGUUCAAUCAGCGGACGGAGAUUAUCGGCGCGAAGAUCAGAACGUAUCUGCUCGAGCGCUCAAGAUUGGUCUUCCAGCCGCUCAAGGAGAGGAACUAUCACAUCUUCUAUCAGCUUGUUGCCGGCACGACCGAGGCCGAGAGGCAGGAACUGGGCCUGCUACCUGUCAGCGACUUCCACUAUAUGAAUCAGGGCAGCUCGCCGACGAUCGACGGCGUGGACGACAAGGCCGAGUUCGACGCCACACGCUUGUCGCUCGCCAAGGUCGGCGUGUCUUCAGACAAGCAGACAAAGAUUUUCGAGAUCCUCGCCGCGCUGCUGCACAUGGGAAACAUCAAGAUCACCGAGAUCCGCAAUCAGGGCGCAGUCCUCGGCUCCGACGAGCCGGCGCUGGUUCAGGCGUGUAAGCUGCUCGGCAUCUCCGCCGCCGAGUUUGCCAAGUGGAUCAUCAAGAAGCAGAUCAGUCUGCGAGGCGAGAAGAUCACCUCGUCUCUCAAUCAGGCGCAGGCCACCGUCGUCCGAGACUCGGUAGCCAAGUUCAUCUACUCGAGCUUGUUCGACUGGCUGGUCGAGGUCAUCAACCAAAGCUUGGCACCGGAUUCGAUCAUGGCGCACGCCCACUCUUUCAUCGGUGUUUUGGACAUCUACGGCUUCGAGCACUUCGCAAAGAACUCGUUCGAGCAGUUCUGCAUCAACUACGCCAACGAGAAGCUGCAGCAGGAGUUCAACCAGCACGUCUUUAAGCUCGAGCAGGAGGAGUACCAGCGCGAGGAGAUCAACUGGAAGUUCAUCGAGUUCUCCGACAACCAGCCUUGCAUAGACCUCAUCGAGGGGAAGCUCGGAGUGCUUUCGCUGCUCGACGAAGAAUCGAGAUUGCCCAUGGGCUCGGACGAGCAAUUUGUCACGAAGCUGCAUCACAAUUUCGCCGGCGACAAGGAAAAGUUCUACAAGAAGCCCCGAUUUGGCAAGUCCGCCUUCACAAUCUGCCACUAUGCCAUCGACGUGACGUACGAGUCCGACGGCUUCAUCGAGAAGAACAGAGACACCGUGCCCGACGAGCACAUGGAGGUCCUCAAGGCUUCGUCGAACGCCUUCCUCAAGGAGGUUCUUGAGGUGUCUGCUGCAGCAAGAGAAAAGGACGGCGCCGGUGCCGCGCCGAAAUCUGGAGCCAUCGCUACGUCCGGUCGGCGCGUCGGGGCCGUCAACCGAAAACCAACGCUGGGCGGCAUCUUCAAAUCCUCUCUGAUCGAGCUCAUGAACACCAUCAACGCCACAGACGUUCACUACAUCCGCUGUAUCAAACCAAACGAGGCCAAGCAGGCUUGGAAGUUUGAAGGCCCAAUGGUUCUCAGCCAGCUGCGAGCUUGCGGUGUGCUCGAGACGGUCAGAAUAUCUUGCGCCGGCUACCCGACGAGAUGGACGUACGAGGAUUUCUGUUGGCGAUACUACAUGCUGGUGCCGUCGCAACAGUGGACUCCCGAAGUUCGCAUCAUGGCUGACCGCAUCCUGACCAAAGUGCUCGGUGCGGUGAAAGACGACCGCACCGACAAGUAUCAGCUUGGCCUGACGAAGAUCUUCUUCCGUGCCGGUAUGCUUGCCCAGCUCGAGAACAUGCGAAAUGCCCGUCUCAACGAAGCGGCGAUCAUGAUUCAGAAGAAUUUGCGAUGCAUGUACUACCGACGUCGAUAUCUGGAGGCUCGUGAAGCCAUCGUCGAAUUCCAAACCGUGUCCCGGGGCUUCGUCGCGCGGAUACGCGCCGAAAGCAUCAGACGCACCAAGGCUGCCACCACGAUCCAGUCUACCUGGCGUGGCUCGAAGCAGCGGAAGCAAUACAACGCCACUCGCGGCAGCGUCGUCGCCUUUCAAGCCAUCGCAAAGGCCUUCUUGUGCAGGAAGAACAUCUUGGAAACCCGGGCGGGCAAUGCCGCGGUCGUCAUCCAGCGCAACUGGCGGUCGAGGAGAGAACUCAAGGCCUGGAGGAACUACCGGAAGAAGGUCAUCAUCAUUCAGAGUUUGUGGCGCGGAAAGAAGGCGAGAAGGGGCUACAAGACGAUGCGCGAGGAGGCUCGCGAUCUGAAGCAGAUCUCGUACAAGCUCGAAAACAAAGUCGUCGAGCUUACGCAGACGCUCGGCAGCGAGCGCAAGAAGAACAAGGAGAUCGCUUCCGCGCUCGAGAAUGCCGAGGCCCAGAUCAAGUCGUGGAGGUCGAGACACAACGCGCUGGAGGCGAGAAAUAAGGAGCUACAGGCCGAGGCGAACCAGUCCGGCAUCAACGCCGCGAAGCUCUUGGCUCUGGAGGACGACUACAGGCGCCUGCAAAUGAACUACGAUGAGAGCACGGUGACGAUGCGGCGCCUUCAAGAAGAGGAGAAGGCUCUUCGGCAGAAGCUCAAGGAGACAACGGAGGAACUCAAGGCCACGAAGCAACGCAGCAGCCACCAGGAAAGCGAGAAGAUGUCGCUUCGCCAACAACUGGCAGAGCUGUCCGACCAACUCGAGCGCAUCAAGCUCCAAGGUCCGAUCAAUGGCGUCGAUACGAACGGCGUCGGCCACACACCCGUCGCCGGCCUUAUCAACCUGGUGUCCGCCAAGCGACCAAAGAGGCGAAGCGCGGGCGCGGAAGCGAUAAACACCGAUCGCUUCAGCACCGCAUACAACCCGCGACCCGUCUCGAUGGCUGUCCCGGCUGGUGCAACCUCCCGCGACGCUUUCAGCCCGGGUCUUGACAACGUGGAGAUGGAGCUCGAGGAUCUGCUCAGCGAUGAGGAGGGCCUAAACGACGAGGUCACCAUGGGCCUUAUCCGGAAUCUCAAGAUUCCCAACCCGACUUCGCAGCCACCGCCGAGCGACAAGGAGGUGCUCUUCCCGGCGUACCUUAUCAACCUCGUCACUUCAGAGAUGUGGAACAAUGGUUUCGUCAAGGAGUCGGAACGCUUCCUGGCCAACGUCAUGCAAUCGAUACAGCAGGAGGUCAUGCAGCACGAUGGCGAUGAGGCCAUCAAUCCAGGUGCUUUCUGGCUGUCGAACGUGCACGAGAUGCUUUCGUUCGUCUUCCUCGCCGAGGACUGGUACGAGCAGCAGAAAACCGACAACUACGAAUACGAUCGCCUGCUCGAGAUCGUCAAACACGACCUCGAGAGCUUGGAGUUCAACAUUUAUCACACCUGGAUGAAGGUGCUCAAGAAGAAGAUGUACAAGAUGAUCAUCCCGGCCAUCAUCGAAUCUCAGUCCUUGCCGGGUUUCGUCACCAACGAGAGCAAUCGCUUCCUCGGCAAGCUGCUACCCGGUAGCAACACCCCUGCAUACAGCAUGGACAAUCUGCUCAGCUUGUUAAACAACGUGUACAAGGCGAUGAAGGCCUACUACCUCGAGGACUCGAUCAUCACCCAGACCGUGACUGAACUGCUCCGUCUCGUCGGCGUCACGGCCUUUAACGAUCUGCUCAUGCGCCGCAACUUCCUCUCCUGGAAGCGCGGUCUGCAGAUCAACUACAACAUCACGCGCAUCGAGGAGUGGUGCAAGUCACACGACAUGCCCGAGGGAACUCUUCAACUUGAGCAUCUCAUGCAGGCAACCAAAUUGCUGCAGCUCAAGAAGGCAACUCUCAACGACAUUGAGAUCAUCCAGGACAUUUGCUGGAUGUUGUCUCCCAAUCAGAUUCAGAAGCUGCUCAACCAGUACUUGGUUGCCGAUUACGAACAGCCCAUCAAUGGCGAGAUCAUGAAGGCCGUUGCAAGUCGAGUAACGGAGAAGAGCGACGUGCUGUUGUUGACGGCGGUCGACAUGGAGGACAGUGGACCGUACGAGAUCGCCGAGCCGCGCGUCAUCACGGCUCUGGAAACGUACACGCCUUCCUGGCUGCAAACACCGAGACUGAAGCGUCUCGCCGAGAUUGUCAGCGCACAAGCGAUCGCGCAGCAGAAAGAAGCCGAGUACGGGUCACCAAAUCCGAAUGGCAACGGCAUACACGAGGGCGGACAAGUUCAGGGACUUGCCAUCAGCGAGGUCGACGGUCUAUAAAUUCCGAAUGACAUCUGAGCUCAAAGCAUGACUUGGAUGCAUUUGUUUGUACACUUGUCCUCCUUCUUGCUGUUCGUCAGCAGGCGGCGGACAAAAUCAAACCCUUGGAUCUCCUGUAAAACUUCUUCUUCUUCUUCUUCUUCUUCAUCAUCAUCAUCAUUCUUCUUCUACUUUGUAGCGGUGGAUGCAAGCGCAUAGACCAUUUCUGCACUUUUCGCAAGUUGAUUUGUUGCUUGGUGAUUAGGAGGGGGGUGGCAGGACGGCUAAGGAGUCUGGACUUCCGUACAUUCUUAAUCUUGACGUUGUAGGUAGAGAGAGCAAGGCUUUGUAUCAUGGUAGUGUGAGGUGGAAGGAGACGAAAGUGUGGCAGGCCCAUGUAAUUUUCCAUGUGGACGGAGCUAUCAAUAAUGCAGCGAUAUGUGGGCACAUGUGGUGGGGCAAAAAAAAAGGAGGUAAAUUCAAACACGAUGUAUGCUGCUCUCUACUUGCUUUGACAAAUUCGCAAAUGCAUAGCGCUUUUCCGGGGGUUUUUUGUAGAUGCUAGACUACUACCGCUGCUGCUACUUCUAGUGGUGCGAAAUGUAAAUGUUGAUGAGGAGAAAUACAUGUCCU